AUGGAUUCCUCGGAGUAUCUUCGUAUCCUUGCCAGGUUAGACACUCGGGCCGUCCGGGCAGAAAGAGCCCAGGCCAAGCUCGAACAAGCACUGGGUGAUAUGCAGGCUACCCUCAAACACGCAAUUGAGGAUAGGGACCAUGUAUCCAGGUUGGCGGAUAUCUUCUAUGAACUCACUCAGAAGAUGGGAGGCGUGAUAGAUUAUCUUUUGAAGGAGCGCGGUGCCAAGGAACCCGGUCAUGAGCCGGAGUCAACACAUGUAAUGCUUGAUGUGUUGUUAAAGCAGUUGGAAAUACAGGAGUCAAAUACUAGCGGUGGAAAUGUCGGUGACUCGGAAAUUGAUGGCACAAAGGCCGCAGAACAGGGCAGCUAA